UGCCCUGAUGAUCAGUGUGCCCUGAUGAUCAGUGUAGCCCCAUCAGUGCCACCUGUCAGUGUCCAUCAAUGCCAGCUGUCAGUGCUCAUCAAUGCCACCUGCCAGUGCCCAUCAGUGCCACAUAUCAGUGCCCAUCUAAGCUGCCUUUCAGUGUCACUUAGUGCCAGUCAGUGCCACCUAACAGUGCCAGUCUGUGCUGCCUAUCAGUGCCGCCUUUUAGUGCCCAUCAGUGAUGCCUGUCAAUGCCCAUCAGUGCCACCUACCAGUGCCUCCUCAUCAGUGCUACCUAUCAGUGCCCACCAGUGCAGCCUAUCAGUGCCCAUCACUGCAGCCUCAUUAGUGCACAUCAGUGAAGGAGAAAAGUCACUUAUUUAUAAAAUUUUAUAA